AUGCCUCGAACUAAACAGAUUCAUCCGAGAAAUCUAAGAGAAAUCUUAGAAGCUGGAAUUAAAGGAACUUCAGAAUCACUUAAAGGUGUGAAACGGAAAAAGAUUGUAACUGAGAACCACCUGAAAAAAAUACCAAAAUCCCCCCUGAGAAAUCCGCUUCAGGCAAAACAUAAACAAAAUAUCGAGGAACCAUCUUUCACAGUUCUUCAGACUGCUUCCGAGUCUCACAAAAAACGGAACCAUGUUCCUAUAAAAAAUGGGAAGCAAUUCGCUAAACAGAAUGGAGAAACACCCGGAAUAAUUGCCGAGGACUCUAAAUCUGAAGAACCCAUUUCCCCAAAGAAGCCCUUGUUUGUGCAACAUCCAUCUGAACUGCGCAGAUGGAGGUCAGAAGGUGCCGCUCCCACCAAGUUAAACGUGCUAGACGGAAAAGGUGACCCUAGUUCCUUGUCAAGUGAACCCAGAACUGACAGUAGUGAAUGUAUGUCUUCUAAUUGUCGUACUACUUCCUCCUCACAUACAAACACCGCAUUUGAUGUCUUAUUGAAAGCAAUGGAGCCAGAACUGAGCACCUUGUCACAAAAGGGCUCAUCUUGUACAAUUAAGAGAGACAAACUGAGACCAAAUAAAACUGUACACUCACCCACUAAAUUAAAAAGCAGUCCAGCAGAUGCCCCAGCUCAGAUUUCACCAGAAUUUGUCACUGAAGCGCAGUCCUCUCCUUGUACCUCAUACACAGUGCAUGUGCCUGCUGUUCAGAAGAAUGAGCCAGCAGCAGUACAGCCACUUUCUCAUCCAUAUAACCCACAGCAACACUUGGUUUCUAAAGCUUCCCAACCCGAUCAGCAGCCUCCAGGGUGUCCCGGUCUCACAAGAUCACUGACGAACCUGCCCACUCAAGAGACCGCCAAACUUGACCAGGUUUAUAACCUAGCAGUACAGUCAUCGUUAGGUCUGACUUCACCUUCCAGUAGAACUCAGGUUAUUCCUCCAAACCAGCAAAUGGAUUCUGCUCUCCCCAUGUCAAUAAGUCUAACAAAUUCCACACCGUCUCCCUCCACACCAGUGUAUAAUUCAACUCCUGUUGCCUCUGUUGUUAAUCACAGUGUAGAGCAAAUGUGCAGUCUUCUUCUGAAAGAUCAGAAGCCGAAAAAGCAAGGCAAAUAUAUCUGCGAGUACUGCAACCGAGCCUGCGCAAAGCCUAGUGUGCUUUUAAAGCAUAUCCGCUCCCACACAGGAGAGCGACCCUAUCCUUGCGUAACUUGUGGGUUUUCAUUUAAGACUAAAAGUAACCUGUAUAAGCACAAAAAAUCUCAUGCACAUACUAUCAAACUGGGGCUUGUCUUACAACCAGAUACGGGUGGCUUGUUCGUUUCACAUGAGUCCCCCAAAGCACUUGGAGUCCACUCAGACGUAGAAGACAGUGGAGAGAGUGACGAUGAGGGCACUACUGAGGAAAGACACAAUCACCCAGGCCCCAUGGAACUGCAGGGUGUGCAAAUCCUGAAAAUGGUGUCCGACUCUGAAGCCGCCACAAAGUCAAGUUCCAUUCCAGGCAAUCCUGCUCGGGUGGCAGAUGACUUUUCACGGCAGGAAAAAUCUUCCGAAUCACAAACUACAACUGAGCUUCCAAAAGUCGUGGUCCACCCUGUCAAUGUGUCCCCUUUAAGAACUGACAGUCCAAAGGUGACAGAUUCCAUGCCUGAACUUUGCAAUGCACAGAAGCAAAGAGACCUCCAAGUGAGAAAGGUAAUACCGAACUCAGCAUGCAUGUCCUCCCUGGACACAGAUGAGAAGGCCCCAAAGCAAAGGGACGUGAGUCAGUCAGAAGGUAAACAGGAACCUCAUGGCGGAACAGUGCAUGCCCAGCUACAAAGGCAGCAAGCUACUGAUUACUCCCAAGAGCAACAAGGGAAACUUCUGAGCCCUCGAAGUUUAGGAAGUACAGAUUCUGGUUACUUCUCCCGUUCUGAAAGUGCCGAUCAAACAGUGAGUCCACCAACCCCCUUUGCCAGAACGUUACCCACCACUGAACAAGACCCAAAUAAGAAUAAUGGGUCAUCUGCAUCUCGCAUCAAUACACUCUCUCCUGCUUUACCGAUAGGUGAGAAAGCAUUGCUUUUACCAGGCCAGAUGCGUCCACCUCUGGCAACAAAGACUCUUGAAGAACGCAUAUCAAAGCUUAUCUCAGACAAUGAAGCCCUGGUUGAUGAUAAGCAGCUGGAUAGUGUAAAACCAAGGAGAACGUCUCUUUCAAGACGAGGAAGUAUCGAUUCCCCCAAAUCAUACAUAUUUAAAGAUUCUUUCCAGUUUGAUUUAAAGCCAAUGGGACGGAGAACAAGCUCAAGCUCAGAUAUACCAAAGUCUCCUUUCACCCCAACUGAGAAAUCAAAACAAGUUUUCCUUCUGUCUGUACCUUCCCUUGACUGUUUGCCUAUUACUAGAAGUAACUCCAUGCCUACCACAGGUUAUUCUGCAGUACCUGCAAAUAUAAUACCUCCCCCUCAUCCACUAAGAGGAAGUCAGUCAUUUGAUGACAAAAUUGGCUCUUUCUAUGAUGAUGUCUUUGUAUCGGGACCCAACACUUCCAUGCCCCACAGUGGACAUCCCCGUACACUUGUCAGACAAGGAGCAAUAGAAGACUCAUCAACAAACGAGAAUCCCAUGCUUGGUAUCGGCCAGUCUGUAGACGAAAAUUAUCCAGGAUGUAAUGCCUCCAGUGAAACUGGGUCAGUGAGGAACAAGGCACUGGCACAAGUGUCAAAUUUGGAGAAAAAAAAAUCCCACCAGGGAAGAGGAACAAUGUUUGAGUGUGAAACCUGUCGAAACAGGUAUCGAAAACUAGAAAAUUUUGAAAACCAUAAGAAAUUUUACUGUUCAGAGUUACACGGACCAAAAACAAAGGUAGCUGUAAGAGAACCGGAACACAGCCCGGUGCCCAGCAGUACACAGCCUCAGAUUCUGCACUACAAAGUGGCCACCUCCACGGGUGUCUGGGAACAGACUCCCCAGAUAAGGAAAAGGAGGAAGAUGAAAAGUGUUGGUGAUGACGAUGAGCUUCAGCCAAAUGAAAGUGUAAUUUCCCCCAAAACCUCAGAAGGUCCUCAGCUGCAGAAUCCUCUGGGCUCUAGCUCCAAUUUGUCCAAACAUAAUGUUACCAUAGCAAGUGACCAGCAGCAGAGAACCCUCCAGUUGCAGAGCUCACAAAUUCAGCUUGUUGCCAGGGGCACCGACCAAACCAUUGAUCCAAAGCUGGCUACCAUUGUAGAGCAACAGAUAAGUUCAAUUGCCCAGGAAAAGAUCGAGUUGAAGAGGCACGGCACUGGAAUCUCAGUCAUACAGCAUACAAAUUCUCUGAGCAGACCCAAUUCAUUUGACAAGCUUGAGCCUUUUGAAAGAGGUUCCCCUGUCUCCUUUCAGGAGCUGAGUAGGACCAUGAAAGCUGGAUGUCUGAAAGCAGUGGGAGUUUCUCCUGAGGAAGGCGGCCUCCCUUCUUCUCAGAACAUCUAUCAGCCAGCAUUAGCAGACACUCUUAGAGGAGAACUUACAGAAAGCUCAAGAAAGAUUUCAAAUGAAAGGAAUGUGUUAGGACCACCCUCAAGACUCGUCCGACAGCACAAUAUCCAAGUCCCAGAAAUUCUGGUCACGGAAGAGCCAGAUCAGGACUCGGAAUCCCAAGGCCAUGAACAAGAAAAAUCAGAAAAGUUCAGUUGGCCUCAGCGUAGUGAAACUUUGUCAAAAUUGCCGACAGAGAAACUUCCGCCAAAAAAGAAACGGCUUCGUCUGGCUGAAAUUGAGCAUUCCUCAACAGAGUCAAGUUUUGAUUCUACUCUGUCCAGGAGUCUAAGUAGAGAGAGUAGUUUAUCACAUACCUCAAGUUUCUCAGCAUCACUAGACAUCGAGGACAUUUCUAAAACGGAGUCUUCCCCCAAAAUCGAUUUUCUAAAUAAAGCAGAGUUUUUGGUGAUUCCAGCUGCCUCAAACACGCUUAAUGUUCCUGGAACUCACCAGGAAAUGAGACGGGCUGCAUCAGAACAGAUUAAUUGCAUGCAGACAUCGAUGGAGAUCUCUGAUUGCAGAAGCAAAUCAUUUGACGGUGGCAGCAUGACUCCAUCCCAGGCAGUAUCACUGGUUGACCUGCAACCUCCACCAUCUCCGUCUGGUGUGGGGGUUACCAGGCACGUGCCCCUCUUAGAGAGAAGAAGAGGCCCAUUGAUACGGCAGAUAUCUUUAAAUAUUGCACCAGAUGGUCUUGUGCCUCCCAUGAACCCAUCUUCUUUCCAAAGUAUUGCUCCUCUAGCCGUGAACUCAGUGCCAUUCCAGGGGCCUCAGAUCACUAAGCCAUCAGUAGGUGAAUUUUCUGUGAAUGCUUUGCAUCUCCCGACAAAAGUCAAGACUCUACAAACAGACACUUCAGUGUCCAACUCAGCUAACGUUUUUCCUGUUCAACAGCUUUUUGGUCUCAAUUUGUUAAAUCAAAUCCAUACACUUCCUAACAACCAAAAUGCACAGAUGGCUCUGCAAGUAGCCACACAGGUGGACAAACCCACUAUAAGUCCCACCUUGUGUGCAUCUUCUCAAAGUGAGGAUUGCUUUGCUCCCAAGUACCAACUUCAGUUUCCGGUUUUAACUUCAAGCCAGUCUUACUCUUCGAAUCCCAUACAUUCUUUGCCAAAUCAAGCUCUUUCAUCUGAAACUGGUGCAGACCAAUGUGUGACUUCGUUAGCGUUACCAACCAAAUCGGCAGAUAACGUGUCAGAUUCAUGUGCCCUGCCACCACCAAAGCUUGGGUCACUUGGCGUUGAGGUACAGAAGGCUUCAUCAUCAUUCAUGGUGCCCAUGCAUCUGCAGAGUAACGUCUCAGCCUACUGUUUCCCUACUGUCACAUCACUGCCACAAAUUCUGGUGACCCAGGAUUUGUCAAGUCAGCCAAUUUGCCAGGCUAAUACUGCUAUAGUGCCAGUCAGCAAAGAACAAAAUUCCGUGCCAAAUUUGAAUAAAGAUCACCAGAACACUUUGCCAAACCCAGAGAAAGAACUUGUUUGCGAAAAUGUUUUUGCAGAGCUAUGCCCAAAGUCUUCUCUAUCGGAAUCCUUGCCUGCAACUCAAAAAAUGUGUAUUGGCAGACUUUCCCCUCAACCAGAAUCAUCAGCUUCAAGUAAAAGGAUGCUUUCCCCAGCAAAUAGUUUAGACAUCGCCAUGGAAAAGCACCAGAAGCGGGCGAAAGAUGAAAAUGGAGCUGUUUGCACGACAGAUAUUGAGCCAUUGGAGUCAGUGAGCUCAAGAGCUAAUGAAGUUAAUAAGCAGAAGAAACCUGUCCUAGUGAGGCAGGUGUGUACUACAGAGCCCCUUGAAGGUGCGGUACUGGAGCAGAAUGCUGUCUCCCAGUCUGGAAUUAACAGUGAGCCGACUCGGUCAGCAGGUGUUUUAUCAACUGAUCCUUCUCCAUCAGGCCUCCCCUCUAAGUCUGGAGCUACAGAAUCUGUCAGUGAAUUGCAAGAAUUUGAAAACAUCAAACCCUCCACAUCGCUAAACCUUGCAGUUAGAAAUUCACAUGUUCCUUCAGAAAAGACUCAAAUUUCCCCUUUGAAAAGUCUAGACAAUAACGAAGGAAGGAAUGCUCCCACAAUGCUGAAGAGUCUAGGUGGCAAUAUUCAGGCAGUCAGAUCAGCAAGCGCUCUUUCGAUGUUUCAUCCAGGCUACUCACAACAACAGUCUUUUCCUAGUAAGACUACCACAAGCUUUACGUGGUGCUACCUCCUAAAGCAGAAGUCAUUGCCUUUGCCUCAGAAGGACCAGAAAACGUCAGCAUAUACUGAUUGGACAGUUAGCUCCAAUAAUCCGAAUCCACUUGGUUUGCCUACAAAAGUGGCUCUUUCUCUCCUCAAUUCAAAACAGAAGACUGGAAAGUCAUUAUACUGUCAAGCAAUAGCCACUCAUUCCAAAUUAGAUCUAUUGGUCUACUCAAGCAAGUGGAAAAGCAACUUAAGCAAGAGAGCAUUAGGUAAUCAAAAGCCCACAGUAGGUGAAUUCAGCAAUAAAGAUGUCUCUGAAAUUAACAGUGAGCAAGAUAAAGAAAAUUCCUUAAUCAAAAGUGAACCAAGAAGAAUUAAAAUAUUUGAUGGAGGAUAUAAAUCAAAUGAAGAAUAUGUAUAUGUCCGAGGCAGGGGAAGAGGAAAGUACAUUUGUGAAGAAUGUGGAAUACGUUGUAAGAAACCAAGCAUGUUAAAGAAACACAUACGAACCCAUACUGAUGUCCGCCCCUACCACUGCACUUACUGUAACUUCUCCUUUAAAACAAAAGGAAAUCUGACAAAACACAUGAAGUCCAAGGCACAUAGCAAGAAAUGUGUGGAUUUAGGUGUCUCAGUGGGUUUAAUAGAUGAACAAGAUACAGAAGAAUCAGACGAGAAGCAGCGUUUCAGUUAUGAGCGGUCUGGGUAUGAUAUUGACGACUCGGAUGGCGCUGAUGAGGACGACAAUGAGAACGAAGAGGACGAUGAGGACAGCCAGACGGACUCCGUCCUGUCCGCAGCCCCUUCUGUUGCAACCAGCCCACAGCACCUGCCGUCCGUGAGCACUGAUGAGGAGACCAGGGUCCCCGAUGGCUUCUCUGGAGCACAUGCGGAUCCGAUGGACGUUCUGCCGAGAGCUCUGCUCACCAAGAUGACAGUACUUAGUACCGUGCAGUCGGACUGUGGCCAGAAAGCUAGGGCUCCUGGGAAAACCCGGCAGCACGUGUCACAAGAUGAAGAUGAGUCCGUCACUGGGGUGGACGCUUCUGGGUCCCCCGGAGCUGCACGCAGAUCCCCAUGUCGUCAGAUGUCUGUUGACUACGCUGAGCCAGAAGCCACCCUGAGUAGCUCUGUGGCAGGAAAGGCUGGUGCUUUAACCCAGGACACAUCAUCUGUGAGACUUCCACCUCCUGCAACUGAGCCCAGCCCUCAGACAGCCAUGGUGGUCCCUUCAGUGGCCUUGCCUCAUCCUGACACUCAAGAACAGAAGCAACAAAUAAGUCUACACCCAGCUGCAGGCUUGCCCUCUCCCCAGACUCAUUUGUUUAGCCACCUUCCUUUGCAUUCCCAGCAGCAGUCAAGGACACCUUAUAAUAUGGUUCCGGUUGGGGGCAUUCAUGUGGUCCCUGCUGGCCUCACCUACUCUGCAUUGGUCCCAAUUCAAGCAGGGCCAAUGCAGCUCACGAUUCCUGCCCUCAGUGUAAUCCACCGAACUGUGGGCACCCCCGAGGAUACGAUCACAGAAGUUUCUAGCACUACAAAUCCCACGGGCGUGGCUGAGCUCAGCAGUGUGGUGCCCUGUAUUCCCAUCGGCCAAAUCCAGGUGCCAGGCCUUCAGAACCUCAGCCCACCAAGCUUGCCAUCACUGCCGUCACUCAGCAUGGAAACCGUCAAUAUCUUAGGCCUAGCCAACACCAACAUCGCCCCGCAAGUGCACCCGCCGGGACUCGCCCUCAACGCUGUCGGCCUGCAGGUUUUAACUGCAAACUCUUCCUCACAGAGCAGCCCCAGCCCUCAGCCACACAUUCCAAGUCUGCAGAUCGUGAACAUAGCGUUGCCUACUCUGAUUUCCUCGGUGGGUCAAGUGACUGUUGACACCCAGGGAACUCCAGAUGGACCAACGUCCCAGAACCAAGCCCGUGAAACGCAACCCAAGCUGACUCCAGCAGCCAGUGCAAUUCAGGCCAGCAGGGCCGAAUCUCCUCAGGGGUCACCUAAAGUCCAGCGGGAAGAUGCAAAAAAAUUACUCCAUCAACCUGCCCCUGCAAGUGAAGUGUGCCCCGAGAAGGGGGUCUCAGUCAAUCAUGUGACGCCAAAGCAGGAACUCCCCACCGUGCGGGCUAAGCCAACAUCCCCAUCGGAGCCUCUGCUGGAAGUGCACGUGGAAGGGCCCCCCAAAGCAGCGGGCCCCCAGACCCUCCCCACACACAGACGGGCCCGCAGGCCCCCAGGCCCGCCCCGCAGGCAGGCCCCGGUGCACUUCAGUGAUGCCAGCAGCGACGACGACGAGGGCCGGCUUGUCAUAGCCACAUAG